AUGACCAAGGUUUCAAAGACGCAGAAGCUACUCGAAUCAACAGCUUAUCUUGUUAUUAAACAUGGUGAAAGAGAUGCACUUUCCCCACCAUCCGACCUCACGUCAAGUCUCCGUCUCGCUCCGUACAACGGAGUAAAGAUGGCACCGAGAAAGACCGUUUUCACCGAUCCUGGUGACGCCGGUGCUGAGCGAGCUCCUACCGAUACCGAGAUGAAAUUCUUCAAGGCCAUGAUGGAGAACAUGAACACCAAACCCGACGUCAACUGGGAGAACGUUGCUGGUGCCAUGGGUCUCAAAGACGCCAAGUGUGCCAGAGAGCGCUAUCGCCAGAUGUGCGUCAAGCUCGGCUGGAACAAGACUGCCGCUGCGGGCCCUGCUUCUGGUCGCAAGUCCAACACUGCUACCGCCGACCUGACCACCCCGACCAAGACUACUCGAGUCACCAAGCGCACCGGCAAGGUUGGAUCAAAGAAGAUCCCGAUCAGGGAGUCUCACGACGAGGAGGAUGGCGAUGAGACGUUGGGCGACCUUGAGGAUUCCCCCGUCAAGUGCGAUGACGGGUCCUUCGAGAACGCGGUCUGA